UGUUGUAAUGUCUUGAUUAAAAUAAAUGAAACAAAGAAUGAUCUAAUGUUUGAUUAUAAAGAACUAAAUGAGUUAGCAAGGAAAAAUAAUGAAAAUUCUGAGGCAAUAAAUUUUGAUAAUAUUGAGAAUGAGAAAUAUGAAGAAGUUGAAGAUAGCAAUAAUGCUUAG